AUGGAGCUCGCCGUUCUGACUCGCAGCCCCGGCGGCGAGGCGCGGCCCGGCGCGGGGCGGGAGGGCGGCCGGCGGAAGCGAACCACCUUCAGCAAGGCCCAGCUGGAGCUGCUGGUCCGCGCCUUCGAGAAGGAGCCGUACCCCGGCAUCGCCCUGCGGGAGCAGCUGGCCGGCCUCACCGAGAUCCCCGAGUCCAGGAUCCAGGUGUGGUUUCAGAACAGGAGGGCCCGGCAGCUGAACCACAGGAGGAGCGACGCGGCCGCCGAGCCCCGGCCGGCCUGCGGCAAGGCGAAGCCCGCCCGCUGCGGCGGCCGCUGCCGGGACAGCGGCUGGACGACUCCGGGUACGGGCCCGGACCGCAGCCUCCACCACCUGCAGCCCGGCCUGCCGGGGGGAAGCCAGAGUUUCCCCGGGCAGCCGCUGCCUUGCUCGGGGCAGCUGUACUCGAGGCUCGAUGCGCAUUUCAGGAGCCUGGAUAACGCUUUUGGAGCCCCGGCGCCGGCUCACUUCGGUUUGGACUGCGUGGGAAGUGUGGGCAGCCCCCAGCAGCUCGCGCUCCCUGCGCAGCAGGCACCCGAGUAUCCGUACCUGAAGAAGUCCUUCCCUGAAGGCUACUGCUCAGAUGCAGAUGGGUUCCUGUCCUCCUGUGCAGAAGAUCACCAGUACCUGGCAGCUAAAGAAAACACGUAUAUAAAGAGGCCCGGCUUAAACUACUUGCAUGCAAACCAGGGCCUGGGCGAUGAGAACUACUGGUAUGUCAAGUCAAAUGCUUCUCUCUUUGGGAAGGGCUCUGCUGUCGGUUAUGGUGAAGGCGAACCUAAGCCUGAGCUGGAGCAGAUGAGGCGCAGCCCAUCUCUGGGCGCAGCUAGUCACGCUAGCCCUCCUUUGGUACUUCCAAAACAUGAAGGGGGGUAUCAAGGGGCGCUUGCGGCUCCAGCCCCGUCAUAUGCGCAGCAGCUGCUGGAAACAGCAAAUGACUAUGACCCUUACUGGAAUGGUGUGAGAAAUGAAAUUUUGGGAACCGGGUUAGAUUUGAUGUUUGAGAAUGAGCAAAAGGGGGAGGAAGGUGGGCCAAAAAGUUACCUUUUUGCUUUUGGUGGCCAGAGUGCAACCUGUCAUUUGGGUCACACAUGAAACUGACAGUGGGUCUGCUUGCCUGAGGAAAAAUUGAUGUGGUGUUUUUUUUUUUGUUGUUGUUGUUGUUCAAUUGGCAGCAUUAUCCAAAGUGGCUAGAAGUUUUGCAGGUCUACAUGUGGGGUGCUUGCUCUUGAGUUUUGUGCACUGUCUGGAAGGGGAAGGAAGAUAAGCAAAGUUAGCAAGGGCUACAGGAGAAUAACCUGCUGAGUGGGUGCUGCCUCCCCACCGCAAUCCUAUGGGAGCUGUCACCAAGCCGCUUGCAGUGUUCCUGCAUCUGUUUGGUUAUCGGCAGCCUGACAUUAACUUGCAUGUGCAGACUGAUCUCCACAAGUACGUCAGUACUGAAGAUCUACUCUUUCUGUGUUCAGACUGUGCUGGGUUAAUUCUGCCAGGAGGCUUGGGACUAUGGCGUUGGUUUAGUGGCCUUAUCGCACUGAGUUUUGUUUCUAUUUUGGUUGGAAUUCACGUACUUUAACUUAAGAAAUCAGUAGAAAACAGGCUUAAUUAUAGCUUUUAGUGGAGAAAGUGUUAACAUGGGAGGGGUACAAGCGUGGGACAAGCAGCCUUGGUGGUGGCAGGGGACAGCUUACUUGGGUGUGUUUGCGUUUUAGGUGUGCUCCUGAUAAAGAACACUGCUGUUUUUUUCCUAGAUACUUAAUGUACAGUGUUUUCAUUGAAAAAUGACCACGUGUAGCCUUUUAAAAGGCAAUAUUUUUGUGAUUUCCUUUUGUGUAACUUUUUUCAAAUUGUGCUCCCUCCCCCAUCAAAUCCUAGGUUUCUAUUUGCCAAGUGAAGGUUUUCUCCCUGGGUGACAAUGAACUUGUAGAACUGCACUCACAGAAAAAAGUAAUAAUUGUGUAGCAUUGCUGCAUUCGCACAUUGAGCCUAUUUUUAGACUUCUCAAGAUCCAUGGCCAUCUGGAAGACUACUGUAAUCGUGGAAGCGUGUGUCUCUGGAGAGCUGCCACAGUUGUGUAUUAAAGCAAUAUCGGGCCUAGGAUGCUGAAAACUCUAAACGAAAAUUCUUUUUUAAAAUGUGGCUCUGGAAUAUUUUAAGUAUGCCUAGAUUUUAAUGUGUUAUUAACUUAAUUACUUUGUCUACAGAACA